GUUGCUGAGAAAAAUGUGUGGCAUAACGGGAGGUGGUCCAACACAGACUCGAUCCAGACACUCACCAUGGGCGGAAGUGGUAUGUCUGGUGGGCUCCGCUUCAUAAGCGGUACCAGGGAGAAGUUCCUUGUUGUGCUAGGCAUCCACAACUACAAGAGGUGGUGCAACAUCAACACUGACCUUGUGCCUCUGGCCACGGCAACUAAUAUUCACCCCGAGUACUACAUGGAUGGCAGCGCUCUAAACAGGUUGCUUGGGAUCAAUGGUCUGAGAUGCAGAAGACCAGUGCAAGGGGGACCAGGGUGGAUGUGA